CAGGGAGGGACAGAGCCGGGAAGCUGAGAGGCCCCUGCACAGGAAAGUCCAUUGAGCUGCAGAUGUUUGGCAGCUGCAGACAGAGGAAGUGCCUGAGAAGGGGGUGAAGUUUGCUGGGCUCCAGAAGGCAGAACUGGACGGGACAGAAGCGCCUGGAGGCCGCAGUCUUGCAGCAUGGCUCUUCCACCACCUCCGUCCUCCCCUCCACCGCCUUGCCCGCAGUCUAGAGAGACUUUGAGUCUGAACAGGCCCUUCUUGAGAAGUCUGCUGGGAGUGCUGCGCAUUGGCCAGCUGCUGACGGGGGCUGUCUGCUGGGUGACUUUAGCAGCGCACAAGUAUGAAGGAGCCACCUACUUUGCGGUCUUUGCAGCGGUCCUGCUGUGGUUGCUCACCUUGGCGCUCUUUGGGCUCAGCCUGCUGGGCCGCUGGUCUCUGGUGCCGGUGCUGGGGACCCGCUGGCUUAUGACGAACCUAAUGCACGACCUGUUGCUUGGGGUUAUUCUCUCUGCAGCUGCUGCAGGCAUCCUGAGCCAGAAGGCACAGAGUUUCAGCUACUGCAACCUGCCAGGCUACAUAUUGUCCUGCAGUUACAAAGCCUACCUGACUGCUGCCGUCUUUGCAGGUAUCACUGCCUUCUUUUACCUAAUUUCAGGACUCCACUGCCUGGUACGACAUUUCCAGGGGCACCAAGAUAUCUGAGAGAUGCAAGAAGGUAGGCUGAUGGGCAGGGAUGGACAGACCCUUCUUCAACCAGACGGACAAGCCUUGCACACAUAUGGUCCCCACAGACUGUUCCAGACUCAUCGUUGCCUUCCUGAUGGAGAGAAAAAACUUCAAUAGACUUUAUUGGGAGAGGGGGAAUAAUCCCCUAUAUGUCCAUGGUACUGAUGGAUGCUCUAUACCUUUCAUCAACGGAUGGAUGCAUGCUUUCAUGACCCAGAAGCUAGAAAUGGUGUAUCCUUCAGAUUAAACGUGGGAGCCAGAUUGUGGGACUUCCCCGUUUCUUUUCUUCCUUCACUUGGCAGGUGGGUCUCUGUGGAUCUAGAAAAGUUUGGCCUGGCCUAUGAUUCCAGAAUAUGUGGUUGACAUAAGGUGCCCUGGAAGCCCUUGAUCAUUCAGUGUUAUUCAUAAUCCUUAUAGGAGCAGAUUUAAUUUAGUUUGUAGUGUUUGUCCAUAUGUUUUUAUGCCAUAUACAUAAGAUCUCAUCCUCUCACAUUUAAUUAAUGUUUAGUACGGUAAUAGUGAAUAUCCACCCUUUAGGGUGCUCUGUUGGUAUAUUAUUAAUAUUAUCCCAUUUCAGAAGUUAUAUAAGCAUAAGCUUAGGAACCACCCCCCAAAGCUUCCAUUACGUUCUUUUCUCCCUCCAUAGCAUUCUGUUUUUAAUCAGAUAUUUAUAAAUGAUGGUUCUUAGUAACUUUUUAUUUUAGAUAUGACCUGGAUGUGGACAUUGUGACAUUUAUAGCAUAGCAUAACUCCAGUAACCAGUUUUUACUUUUUAAAAAUGGAUGUGUUGAGGCUCAUGUCUUUUGGAUAUUUGCACUCCCUAACCUGGAUCUCCUAAAUGCUGAUUAAAGCAAGAGGCACAUUCUCUUUG